GAUUGACCUGGCAAGAAGCCAAGAAGUCGUCUGUCAAUCGUUUAGAAUGUGCUCUUGAAUUUUCCAAAUCCUAGGCCAUGGAGCUGCAUAUAAGCUGGAGAUCUACGGAGAUAAGCAUCCGGGGAUCUGCUUUCGUCCCUUUAAAGAGUUUUUGUUUUCCAUAGUCAGUUUCGACGAAAUGAGUAACAAGAAUGUUAUGGCUUCGCUUAUGCUCGCUCUCGGCCUGCUACUAGCAGGAGCAGGAAUGACAGGUGCGCAGUCCGUAGGCGUCUGCUAUGGACGGAACGGCAACAAUCUGCCUAGUCAGGCGGAAGUGAUCGAGCUGUUCAAGGCCAACAACAUCGGAAGGAUGAGGAUUUACGAUCCAGACCAAGCCACUCUCCAGGCCCUGAGAGGAUCCAACAUCGAACUCAUCCUCGGCGUUCUUAACGACAACCUCCAGGCUCUAACCGAUGCCUCCACGGCAUCCAACUGGGUCCAAAACAACGUCGUGGCAUUCUCGUCCGAUGUCAAGAUCAAGUACAUCGCGGUCGGGAAUGAAGUCCCCCCGGGCGACGCAAAAGCCCCCUACGUCCUCCCCGCAAUGCAGAACAUCCAAAACGCCCUCACAUCCGCCAAUUUGCAGGGCCAGAUCAAGGUCUCCACGGCAGUUGACACAGGUCUGCUAGGCGUAUCCUACCCCCCGUCGAACGGGGCAUUCAGUGACACCGCAAGUCAAUUCAUAGGCCCCAUUAUUAGCUUCUUGGUCAAUAACGGCUCACCGCUCCUAGCCAACAUCUACCCCUACUUCAGCUACACACAGAAUAUGCAGAGCAUUGAUCUUGCCUAUGCUCUAUUUACAUCACCAGGAGUGGUGGUAACGGACGGUGCAUAUCAGUACCAAAACCUGUUUGACGCAUUGGUGGACUCCCUUUACUCCGCCUUGGAAAGAGCUGGUGGGUCAAGUUUGGCAAUCGUUGUAUCAGAGAGUGGAUGGCCAUCGGAAGGCGGCACUGCAGCUUCACUAGGCAAUGCAGGCACUUACUAUGCAAAUCUGAUCAGCCAUGUGAAGCAAGGCACGCCCAAGAAAGCCGGCCAGGCCAUCGAGGCAUACUUAUUUGCAAUGUUUGAUGAGAACCUAAAAGCAGCCGGGGUCGAGCAGCAUUUUGGACUCUUCACUCCCAGCAAGCAACUGAAAUACCAAAUCUCUUUUCCUUGAGAGAAAAAACCAAGUGAGACUACACUUAUAGUUGUAAUAAGGGUGCUGCUCAUCCACUGGAAAUGUAGCUGCGCACGGUAUUGAAUAACAAGCAAAUAAAAAGAUGUGAACUGAUUGUGUAACAUUACAAGACAGA